AAAUAUAAAAUAAAAUAAAUGUAUUUGGGACUUUGGGACUACAUUAACGUAGUGACAUCCCAGCAACCUGUCAUAUGCCUGGGUUUGAACCUGGGUUCUUCUGGCUCUGUGCUGUGGUCAGGGGCGGACUACCAUUUGGAAACUCGGGCACUGCCCGAGGGCCCGGGGUCAGUAGAGGGCCCCAUGAGAUGCCCCUGGUACCUUUUUCAUAGGCUAUUUUGAGUUUGGGCAAGGACACAGGGGCCCCAUGAUCCCCUAUUGCCCGGGGGCCCCAUGAGUUGUCAGUCCGCCCCUGGCUGUG